AGCGCGCGGAGGUGCAGCGCUCGACCUUCCCGGGCUUUGACCGAGGUCUGGGGCUGGACCGGCGCGGGGCGGUCCCUUCACCGGGUCCUCUCCUUGGUGCAGGAGGCGGCCGGCCGGAGCGGACCGGGAGGAUGAGCGGCCCCGGCGCGCGGUCCAGCCACCUGUCGCAGCCGGUGGUGAAGAGCGUGCUGGUGUACCGCAACGGGGACCCCUUCUUCGCGGGGCGCCGCGUGGUCAUCCACGAGAAGAAGGUGACCAGCUUCGACGUCUUCCUCAAGGAGGUGACGGGCGGCGUGCAGGCGCCCUUUGGGGCGGUCAGGAACAUCUACACGCCCAGGACCGGCCACCGCAUCCGGAAGCUGGACCAGAUCGAGAGCGGGGGCAACUACGUGGCGGGCGGCCGGGAAGCCUUCAAGAAACUCAAUUACUUGGACAUAGGAGAAAUCAAGAAAAGACCAGUGGAAGUUGUUAAUACUGAGGUGAAGCCAGUCAUCCACAGCAGGAUCAACGUGUCUGCCCGCUUCAGGAAGUCGCUGCACGAGCCCUGCACUAUCUUCUUGAUUGCAAAUGGAGACCUCAUCAACCCAGCUUCUCGCCUUCUCAUCCCUAGAAAAGCCUUGAACCAGUGGGACCACGUACUCCAAAUGGUCACAGAAAAGAUAACUCUGAGGAGCGGGGCUGUCCACAGACUUUACACUCUAGAUGGGAAGCUCAUUGAGAAUGGGGGCGAUCUGGAGAAUGGGCAGUUUUACGUGGCUGUUGGCAGAGAUAAGUUUAAGAAACUGCCUUACAGUGAAUUGCUUUUUGACAAGUCCGCCAUGCGAAGGCCUUAUGGUCAGAAAGCGUCUUCACUACCUCCUAUGGUUGGAUCCAGGAAGUCUAAAGGGAGUGGAAAUGAUCGCCAGUCUAAGUCAACCGUUGGCUCCAGCGACAACUCAUCCCCUCAGCCUCUAAAGAGGAAAGGGAAGAAGGAUGCGAAUUCAGAAAAACCCACGAGAGGAAAGCAGAGCGCAAAGUUGAAGAAGCCCCAGCAGGCACUCCCAGACAGUGAUGAAGGCAUUUUCAAAGCUGGAGCAGACAGAUCAGAAACAAGGGGAGCGGCCGAAGUCCAGGAAGAUGAAGACACUCAGGUUGAGGUUCCGGUGGAUCAGAGGCCAGCAGAGAUAGUGGAUGAGGAAGAGGAUGGAGAGAAGGCCGGCAGGGAUGCCAGACGGCAAGAGGCCUUCUCAGGGAUGAACGGUGAAGUCGAAGACGGAGGCGGCCCGGAGGCUGCCGACGCGCCUGAGCAGGUUGAGGAGGUCCCAGGGGAUGGAGAAGACGAGGUAGGCCCCUCUCGGGUGAAUGGAGGCACCAAUGAAGAAAAUGGUGAGGAACUGGACCAGGUUGCUGAUGAGCCUCAACAGACAGUGGAUGAGGAGGGAAAGUCUCAAGGAACUAACGAGGAACAAGACGAGGUUGAUUUAGACCCUCAAAGACCACCAAGGCCAGAAGUGACAAUUACCAGCCCUCAAGAAAAUGAAGAGGAGGAACAAAACAAGGCCUCUUCUGCUGUGGCAUAGACGCUUUUGAAACAGAAUAAAAGGGUUGUAACAAAACAAAGGGCUGUAAUACUCGAAUACUAAGCACAGUCUAUUACGCAGAACGGGGCAAUAUGGUAGAAUACUACCUGUUGAAUAUUAAAAGUAGAGGUGGAUUGGAAGAAUACGUAACUUUUAGCUACAAAGGAAUGACUUAUUUUUAUGGCAUAUGUUUAAAAUUUUCCUUUAGAAGAACUUAAUCAGAGAGACAGAGAAGUUGCCAUAGAAGGCAGUUGGCUACCCAUGUUUGUAAAGGAGAAAAAAUAGGAUGCUCCUGCUCUAUAGCCUUAGAAAUGGUGUCAUUAGACAGCAGUGUGCUCUAAAGCAUUUAUCUAGGAUAUCUUGGGCUCUUAGAGCAUUGGUAAUAGGAAAACACGUGUUAUCUUAAAGGCAAUAAACCAUUGACUGAACAAAUUACAAUUUAGUUUCAGAGAUAAUUUGGAAACAGCAGUAGAUCAAAAUGGUCCCAGAGCCUGUUGGCCUUUCCUUUUGCCUCUUUAACAAAAAUCCACCUUAAGUGCAGGAAAAACAGCCCCAGGUGCUUGUUUUGGUAGGAGGAAACACUCGGGGCAUCUGAGGUAAACACAUUCAGUGGAGUGCUUGUAGCCCUCAUCAUGGCACACAUUCAGGCAGGAAUCAGAGAGUGAGCUCUGGAAAACCUGUGGAUUUUCAGUGGCCCAGUCCAUCUUCGUCAGGAAUGUCCCAUUCUCUCCCAUGUGUUAUUAUAUUGGAAAACUCAAUAUUGGCUAAGAUUGAGUGCUUUUCAUGAUUUAAAAAAAUUUAUUUUUUACAAAAUACGAAAGUGUAACAGGAAGAAGAACAGACUUUGAGAAGAGUUUAGGGCGGCCCAGUUUCCAGAGUUAUUUCUAUCGGGGAUGCCAUGGGCGCUAGGAAUAUAGGGAUAUCAUAGAUAUCUCUAUCAUCCAUCUAUCUAUCAUCUAUCUAUCAAU